UUAACCAACAAGCCCUUUCGCUUCUCACAUUUCAAGAUGUUGAAGCCACUGUCGACAUCCAUUUUCUUCACACUGCUUGUUGCUAUUGGGCACAUUGCAACUACCGUGGCUGCAGUUGAGGUUGCAGCAGAGGGUGGAGAGCAUGUGAUUGAGUUAUACAUGCACGACAUUCUUGGUGGAAGUAGCCCAACAGCUAGGCCGGUCACUGGCUUGCUAGGGAACAUCUAUAGUGGUCAAGUGCCCUUCGCUAGGCCAGUUGGGUUCCUUCCCCCAAAAGGUGGGGUUGCUAUCCCCAAUGCCAAUGGCGCUCUUCCAACCGUGAACACCAAUGGCAUCCCUCUAGGAACUGGCUUAGCAGGCACAAACUUUGUUGGAAAUCCUAAUCGUAAUAAUGGUAGACCUGCAACCCAACUAGGACCCGAUGGGCUGGGACUAGGCUUUGGAACGAUCACUGUCAUUGAUGAUGUGUUGACCUCCGGGCCUGAUUUGGGAUCCCAGCAAAUGGGGAAAGCUCAAGGAGUCUAUGUGGCAAGCUCUGUAGACGGGACAACUCAGAUGAUGACAUUUACUUCAAUGAUCGAAGGAGGGGAAUACGGGGAUAGCAUCAACUUUUUUGGAGUGUACAAGAUUGGGAGCACCAUGUCACGUUUGUCUGUGACCGGUGGGACAGGCAAGUUUAAGAAUGCUUGUGGGUUUGCAGAGAUAAGGCCACUCAUACCAUCCGGACAACAUGUCACAGAUGGUGUGGAAACACUGCUGAGGAUUACCGCCCAUCUAAGCUACUGAGAAUGGUAUCAGUAUAGUGGUUUAAGAGGAAAUGUGCAUUUGUUUUUAUGUGAAAAUGAAUGUGGGCAUGGAUUGAAGUUUCUGUGUCUGUGUUAGCAGUGAGUCCAGCAAUGUUUUCAAAAAUUUAUUGAUACUUGAGUUGUAAUCCCCUGAUAGAAAUGUUCUUUAUGUGAUCUGUUUGAAUUUGGUAA